CGCGAACUUAGUCGGAAGAAAGCGAAGAAGCGAAAAAAAGCGAAAAUGCUAAAUUAUUAAAAUAACACUUAAAAAAAUUAAUAUCAAAGACUAAAAGGUCCAAAAAGUAGUGAAAUCGUGAGUUAAAGUAAUCGUGAUCGUGAAUAAACUGGAGUAAUGUGUGUAUUUAUAAGAAAAUAAGUGUUUUUAUGUAUUUAAAAUAUUUCCCACAAGAAAAAAAAAAGAUAAAGUGAAGUUAAUUUUUGAAAGCGCAAGCAAAAAAAAAAUUAAAGGUGAUUAAAGAGUGAAGAAAAAAAGAGAAUAUAUUUAAAAGAAGUUUUUUAUUUCUUCUGAUCUUGAAAAUAAGAUCCAAUUAAUAAUGGCAAAUAAUAAUUCAACACAUAAUAAAAUGUAUUCGGAGUCAACUUAUCGAGUUGGAGAUUAUGUUUAUUUUGAGACAUCUUCAUCGUCACCAUAUCAGAUACGGCGUAUUGAGGAAUUAAAUAAAACGCCAUCUGGUAAUGUAGAAGCUAAAGUAAUGUGUUUCUACCGACGACGUGAUUUACCAACGCCUCUAGUACAAUUAGCAGAUAAACAUCAAAUGGCGACAGCCGAAGAUUCUGAUUCACCGGUAGCUAUGAAAUUGAAAAAAAUGUGGCUCAAAACGCCUGUAAGUGAGGAACAAGCGGCUCAGGCAGUGCUAGACCCUGCGAUAGAUAAAGUUUUCAGUGAAGCAGAAGAAAAUACAUCCGCUCUCGAGGAGGAGCAGAGAAACAAUGCAAAUAGCAAUGGCACAGAUAAGUCAGAAUUAUCAAAUAAACAGAAACAUCAGAUGAAGCAUCGUGAGCUAUUUUUAUCGAGACAAGUUGAAACCCUGCCUGCAACACACAUCCGAGGAAAGUGCUCGGUAACGCUGCUCAACGAAGAGGAAUCAUUGCUUAGUUAUUUAAAUAAAGACGACACAUUUUUCUAUUGUCUCGUCUUCGACCCAACCCAAAAGACUCUCUUAGCAGACAAAGGUGAAAUUCGUGUAGGUAGUCGAUAUCAAACAGAACUUCAACACCUAUUAAAAGAUGAUGAAACGGAUGGACGAAAGAUUGAGGAACUAGAAACACUCAUAUGGACGCCGCAUCAUAGUUUGACUGAUAGGAAAAUCGAUCAAUUUCUUGUGGUGUCAAGAUCUGUGGGAACCUUUGCACGAGCCCUUGAUUGUAGCAGUUCUGUCAAGCAACCGUCCUUACAUAUGUCAGCAGCUGCUGCUAGUCGUGAUAUUACACUGUUUCAUGCUAUGGAUACGUUACAUAAACAUAAUUAUUCAAUUGAGACGGCAAUGUGUUCGCUCGUACCGUCAAGUGGUCCAGUGCUGUGUCGCGACGAGAUGGAAGAGUGGAGUGCAAGUGAAGCAAAUCUCUUUGAAGAGGCCCUCGAUAAAUAUGGCAAAGACUUUAAUGAUAUUCGAAAUGACUUUUUACCCUGGAAGACGCUAAAGAAUAUUGUUGAAUACUAUUAUAUGUGGAAGACGACAGAUCGUUAUGUUCAACAGAAGCGCGUUAAAGCAGUCGAGGCUGAAUCAAAAUUAAAGCAAGUCUACAUUCCUAACUACACAAAGCCCAGUCCAGCAUUGAUUACGAACAACAGCAAGAAUAAUUUACUCAAUGGAACAGCGAAUGGAAACAACGAUAUAUUGGCACUAACAGGCAACAAGCCUUGUGAAUCGUGUUCGUCAUCAUCAUCAGCGAAUUGGUAUACAUGGGGACCGUCUCAUCUCACUUGUCGAUUAUGUCAGACGUGUUGGAAUUAUUGGAAGAAAUAUGGUGGCCUUAAAACAGCAGCAUCUCGAUUAGCUGAAAAUGAUGUUGAAGCACUAAAGAAACGUCCAGUUGAAACUUUGGAGGAUGAGGAGAAGGUAACGCAGGCACAUCGGCAGAGCAGUAACAAAUGCACAUAUGUCAACUGCGGCAAGGAAUUUAAGCUAAAAGCUCAUUUAGCGAGACAUUAUGCACAAGCGCAUGGAAUUGCAAUUCGAUCAAACUCACCACGUCCCAUUAUGAAGACGCGCUCAGCUUUUUAUCUUCAAACCACCGUUACAACAAAAUUAUCACGUAAAUUGUGUCGGCAUGUGAUCAAAUCAAAGAAAGCGGCGAGACAGCCAUCAUAUGCUGUUAGUCUGACAGCGGUUAAGAAUGAAUUCGCAAUUGCAAUUACAAAAGUGAACAUAACCGACAUUAAGAGUUUCCUCAAGUAUAAGAAAAAGGAUCGAGGCAGUGUGACAUUGAUUGCGAAUCGUCUUGGUAAUCCAGCGACAACAGGUUGUGAAUGGUUGAAAUUGACACCGAAAGAUAUGAUGCCAAAGCCCGAGAAAGUGGCAUUCCCAAAACCACCGAAAGGACCAGACGGAAGUCUAAUAUACGAGCGAAUUCCAAACAAAGCAACGCCAGAACCGGAGAAGUUUGUAAUACCAAACACAAUCGGUUGUACAAUAAUCACACCAUCGAAUAUUGGAAUGCCACAAUCAUUGCCAAAUCUACCUGCUUCAGUGACUGCGACACCCAUCUCAGCGCCACUUCCGCCUUCGGGAAAGCGACGAGCCUACGAAUUAAAUGGACUUGAUCCCGCAGUAGCACCACCACCCACAAAACGACCGAAUAAAGAUCCAAUGCCCUCAUUUCGACCAUCACCAGAGCAGUAUGCUGCAAUGAUAGAAGCAGCCCAAGCCGCAGGACAGCCGUUACCUAGAACACAUAUGAAUGGAAAACCUAAAAUCGCUCAAAUGUCUCGGUCAGGAUCAGGCCGUAAGCAAGUAAUAAGCUGGAUGGAUGCACCCGAUGACUAUUACUUUCGACCAACAGAGAACAAUAAACGAUCACGACGUAAUUUAUCAGUAACAGAAUUAAGAAGACUAGCACGAAGACCAUGGCGAAAGACAUCAGUGAAUAAUAAUUUCUCAAAUAAUACUUCAACACCUGAAGGUCCACAAGUUGUAAUUCUCGAUUGACCCAUACAACAAAAAGUAUCACAAGCACAAAUUUUACCGCCUCCAAUUCAUCACCAGCCAACACCAACACAUCAUGGCUUCAACAUGGAGGCACUGCUCAAUUAAAUUCUCCUUCCUAAACCUCUUUUCACUUUGAUUUUAUUCGUGACGAUAAAGAUGAUCCCUUGAUUGGGAUUAAUAGAUGAUUCGCAAUUGAGUUUUGUUUUAGAAAUCAAUAUGAGAUAAUUAUGCGAUACAAAAUAAAAUCAUAAUGCUACAAUUUAUGGUUAAUUGAGAGAUGUAAAAAAAAACUUUCCACGUUUUAAGAAGAAAAAAAAAGAUUUUUUUUCUCAUUUCCUACAGAAUUAAAAGUAAUGAAAGUAAGUGAAGUGAAUUAAGAUGAUAUGAAACUGAUUAACUGAUUAAAUCGAUUUAUUUCUUAAUUGUUAAGAUAUUGUAAGUAAAAUUUAAUUAUAGUAAAGAUAAUUGACGAAGGGAUGAAACGUUUCUGUUGCACAGUUUCUGACUGAACGUGUUGGUUUUGUCUUAUUGAGAAAUGGAGAUUCGUUGGUGAAGAUUGUGUAUUGAACUGGGCUUUAAAUUAAUAAUUCUUUCAAUUUUAUCGAACUUUUCAAAUUCAAAAUGAAGCUUAAAGUUCAAAAAAAAUAACGCUCCUUUAAAAUUCAAACUAAACUUCAUAGUUCAAAUUUUUUUAACAAAACCGUAGAACUUAAGGUUAAAUUUUUGAACUUAAGGUUCAAUUUUUGAACUUAAAGUAAGAUUCGAAGUAAACUUAACCGAUUCUUAGAAACUUUUUGUGGAUUUUCAUAAUUUAAAUUGCAAAAUAACGUUCAAAAAUAGAAAUUCUAGCGAAAUUUUUUAAAAUUGAUUAAAAAUGUUCACAAAACCGCCUAAAUGAUUACAUAUACAACAUGCUACCAACAUAGCUCUCCACGAAUCAUUUAAUUUAGCUGAAAUAAUGAGGUAAACAAAAUUUGAAUCUAUAUAAAUGCUGUUUCCAUUAAAAAGUAAAUGAUGUGAAAUUAUAUAAUGUAGUCCUUAGUAACCGAUAACGAGUUUAUACUCUUCAAUUUCAUGAGAAAUCAUAUUUAUCAGCAACAAUGGGCUGCCUACAUUCAUUCAUGAUUCAUAUUUAGACCAAUAUGCAUGAAGAUAUUUUUAAAAAUAGAAGUAUCGAUAUGAUAUGACAAAUACAGAAAUGCUCACGUCAGAAAUUGUGCAAUCAUCGCAUCUCGUUCGAUUCUGUAAACUGUACAUAGAUUGAAAAAGAAAAAAAAAGAAAAUUGAAAUGAUCUUAUAAAUAAAUUUAGAUUUUUUUAAUUAUUAUUAUUUUUAAUAAUAAAAUCAAAUAUCAGACGAGGACGAAAGCAGUUUUAAGUUUUUUAUACAACAAAAAAAAGAGCAGUUGAAAGCAGUGCUGAAAUUCAAUUUAAUCCUUUCUCCUCAUCCUUUAAUUAAUUUUUAUUAUUAUUCUCUUCAGAAUUCAAUGUCCGUGACUGUGUGACUUUUUUAUUGUAAUUUCUGUAUCUUGGGAAUUGGGAUUAUUUGAAAGUUCUUGGAUUUGAAGUUUCAACGGAUUUUUUUUGAAUUUUUAACGGUUUUUGAAAAGUUAAAUCUUAACGGACUUUUUAAAUUUAAAGUUUUUAACAGUCUUUCAAAAUUUAAUUCUCACGAACUUUUAGAACUCAAAUGGUUCAAAAACUUUGAGGUUCAAAACUUCAACGAACCUUUUAAAUUAUGAAAUUUCCACGGGUUUUCAAGAUUUAAAAGUAUUUUUUAUUUCAAAAGUAGCAAAUUUGCUUGCGAAUUUGCCAAAAAAAUUAAAUCCAGGAACAUUCAAAAAGUCUUAAGUCCCGUCUUUUACACUGCAUCGAUACGCCGCGCGUGUUACAAAACCUGUUUCUGUUAAAGUAUAUUACAAAUUAAUGAAAUUAAGCCUUUUAAAAUGCAAUUUAAGAAAAUCACAAACAAAAAGAAAGAAAAAACUGAAUUUUUUUUCUUGUUGACUUUUAUUUUAGUUUAAUUAAUGAACUUACCUAAUAAAGAAAAAGAAAUAAUGUGAAUUAAGUGCGUUUAGUUUUUUAUGAGAAAUGAAAUAAUUUUUUUUGCAACAUAAAUCGCACAGAAUUAUUGUAAAAUGUGAGAUUUGUGACUUUGCAUCCUCAAUAAAUAUAUAAAAACACACACACACACACACAUUGCUCCACGUGAAUUAGGAUUAAUUAAUUAAUAUUUUUAGUCUUAAUCAUUAUUUUUUGUCUCUUCUUUAGUGAAAAAACCUUUAUAAGUUCUUUAAAAAAAUAGAAAAAUUUUUUGUUACUCACCGAAUUCAACACAAGAAAAAAAAUGAAUAAAAAUCAUUAAAUAUUUUCACUAUCUAUCUCUCUCACUCUCAUUCAUCUAUCAGUUAUCAAAAAAAAACCUUUACACUUUAUAGUAUAUCUAAUUAAUAAUUUUGUAAAUUGUACAUUCGUUUUUGAGUGAAAAUAAUAAAAAAAGAUAAAAAAAACUUUUUUAAAAGCUCCCGAGGAAUAAAAAUGUGUAAAAAAUAAUUCAUGCAUAAUUAAAUAAAUCUCUUUAAAUUAAAAAAAUGAAUAAAAUAAAGCAAAAAAAUUGAAAAAAUUAAAAACUUAUUUCGCAAUUCAACAAAAUUUUAAUUACCUAAUUUAGCAAAUGAAGGGAAGAAAAAAAAAUAAAAAAAUAAAAGAGUUCUGUAAAUAUGAAAGAAAUUAAAUAAUAAAUGAACAAUUCCAAAAGAAGAACAUUUUCACAAAUUUAAACACAAAACCUUCAUCUUGAAAUUAAUUAUGCAACAAUUUUACAUUUCCAUGACUUCUUUGACCUUAUCAAUUCCCAAUUUGUGCUUAAAUUUCAAACUCACCUAAAUCUAUCGAAUGUCCAACAUGCUUCAUAACUUUCUAUUGAUUCUUGGAAAAUUCAUUAUGAAUAUUUUGUGGCUUUGAUUCGAAUUCAUUUCUCACAAAUUUUUUUAUUUCCAUAUUGUGAUUUUUUCUGUAGAAAUCAUUAAGGAAAUGUUGUUGAAGGAACUUUAAUUUGUUCGAAUUUCUACGUUUCAACUUUUGUGUAUUUUGAUUGUUUAACGGUUUUUUGAAAUUUAUAUUUUGAAUUAGAAUCGAACUUACCUUUUAACGAACUUUCCUAAUUUGAAUUUUGAACUUAUCUUCUAAAGAAUUUUUGAAGUUCAAAUUUUGAUACGGUUGAAAUUUUCUAACGAUCUUAAAUAGUUCAAAUUUUGAACACUUUCAAAGAUAUUUUCUUUAAAUCAAAACUUUAAAAUGUACAACAAUAAAGCUUUAAAAGAUUCAUUUAAUAAUUUCC